UAAUAAUAGGUUAAUUGAAACGCGUAAUAGCCAGUAGAAUGGUUGAUCAAAACGUAUCGGCAGUUGACGAAAUUUUAUGAUGAAGAACACGAUCCUAAUAGUAGUCUUUUACUCAUGCUUGAAGCUUUUCGUGUGUUCUAGUGUGAGCUUAUUGACCGAUGAUGCGAAAAAUUCUACUCUUAAGUCAAGGAUCGUUCUGCCGGAGCAUUACGUAAAAGAGAUCAGACCUCCGUCAAAGCAAGGUUUGCCGGUGGUCGUGGAUUUCAAUAUCUUCGUAGCUGAUAUUAAUUCAAUAAAUGUGGAGGAUAUGGACUUCCGGGUGGAUAUGUUCGUUCGACAAAGUUGGAUCGAAUCUCGACUCGACAUGCCGGAUUAUAUUUUCGAGGAAGGUGACGAUUACGUUACGUUACCCCCCGAAUUCUUUGACAGUUUAUGGCAACCGGAUCCUUAUUUUUUAAAUGCAAAAGUCUCUGAAAUUGCUGCGUUGAAUCACAAAUUCUCCUCGGUAACGUUGUAUAGGAAUAAAACGGUGAAAUAUUCGGCACGAAUGCAUGCCAUCAUCGCAUGCCAAAUGGAAUUUCAAUUGUAUCCGAUGGACAUUCAGAUAUGCCCUAUCUACAUAGAAAGUUUUUCCUAUCACGAACAGAAGUUACGUUUGAGAUGGGGAACAGGUGCUGUCACGGUGAAUCCAGAAUUGAAACUUCUACAAUACGACAUCGGGAAACCUGUAGUUGCCGAAGAAACCGUCGAUUAUAUGCUCGAAAAAAGUGGAAAUUUCUCACGGUUGGUAGUUUUUUUCCGUUUUGAGAGGCAAAUUGGUCAUCAUUUAAUACAAACGUUUGCUCCAUCCACGUUGGUAGUGAUGUUAUCUUGGUUCAGCUUUUGGUUGGGAUUAGAUGCGAUUCCUGGUCGCGUGGCUCUUUUAGUGACCAGUAUGCUGACCUUAGUUACUAUGUUUACUGGUUUAAAAAGCGAUAUUCCUCCAGUUGCUUAUGUGAAAGCACUGGACGUUUGGAUGGCAGGUUGUAUGAUGUUUGUAUUUGCAGCUCUUGGGGAAUUCGUAGUAGUCAAAGUACUCGAUUUGCGAUACCAGUUGGAAUAUGAUUUGCAAACGUCGAUAAUGUCUCGACAUUAUUCAACACGUGCAAUUGUUAUCGAAAAAGGGCAAAGCAUCUGGAAUUAUGAUUCAACAUAUAUACCAAAAGUAAAAAAUAAAAAAGCUGGUAGUAAGCACCUUCUACAAAGUGCAUGGUUAGAUCCUGAAUAUCCAAUGAUACGUGUACACAAAACACAAUCACAAACAAUAGAUAUUUAUAGCAGAAUAAGUUUUCCUAUAUUAUUUAUGUUAUUCAUCAUUUUAUAUUGGCCGAUACUUUUACUUAAAAAAGCAAUGUAAAAUUAUAAAAUAUAUAUAAUAAAUAAGAACAUAUAAAUUAUUUAUUAAUAAAACUA